GCUGCUACUGCUACGCGAGACGAGAAAUGAAAAAAAAAGAUCCUCCUGUAUAUAAGGAGAAGGCUCGAUUAGCCGGAACGUCAAACACUCGCGCGACGGUUUAUCGCGACGACAGUUCCUUCAUUGGCCAUCCGAACGAACCAACGAACGGUGUCACCAUGACGUCCGUUCCAGCGGUGAUCGUCAGCUCGAUCUUCCUCGUUGCCGCGACCGCGACCACGACCGCUCUCGCAGGCGCGCCUCCUUCCGCGAAAGUCUAUACGAUAUGCGUGCCGGAAAUCUACUGGAAGGAUUGCGUGGACAUGAUAAACGACUCGGCUCAGAAAGGGAUCCCGGUGUCGUGCAUAUCUGGCCGCGAUCGAUUCGAGUGCAUCGAGAAAGUCGGUAAGAAGGAGGCCGAUGUGGUGGCCGUCGAUCCGGAGGACAUGUACCUGGCGGCGAAGAACAACGAACUCGCGUCUAAGGCUGGCUACAGCAUCGUCGAACAAGUGAGAACGAAGGAGGAGCCCGAAGCUCCGUACCGCUACGAAGCCGUAGCUGUGAUUCACAAGGAUCUGCCGAUCGACAACGUGCAAGGCUUGCGCGGCCUAAAGUCCUGUCACACCGGUGUAGGUCGCAACGUUGGAUACAAAAUUCCCAUCACUAAACUCACAGCCAUGGGAGUGUUGCACAACUUGCACGAUCCAGAGUACUCUGCACGCGAGAACGAACUGCGCGCUUUGAGUUCGCUGUUCUCCAAGGGAUGCUUGGUUGGAACCUGGUCUCCAGAUCCAGCGAUCAAUAGAAGACUGAAGCAGACCUACUCGAACAUGUGUGCUCUCUGCGAGAAGCCCGAGGUCUGCGAUUACCCGGACAUUUACUCCGGAUACGAAGGCGCUUUAAGGUGUCUCGCUCACAACGGCGGAGAAGUCGCCUGGACGAAGGUGAUCUACGUGAAACGUUUCUUCGGCCUGCCCGUCGGCGUAUCCCCAGCCGUACCAACCUCCGAGAACCCUGCCGACUACCGAUACUUUUGUCCAGACGGCACCAAAGUGCCGAUAGACGCCAACACGAAACCGUGCACAUGGGCAGCCAGGCCUUGGCAAGGGUACAUGACGAACGGCGCGGUCAAAGACGUCGAAGGCGUCCAGAAGGAACUGACGGAUCUCGGUAAACUCGGAGAAGCGGAGAAGGCAGCUUGGUGGAAGGACAUUAUGCUGCUGGACGAGAAGACUCUGGCCGUACCCGCGCCGGUAGUAUUGCCCGAAAGCCAUCUGAACAACGCCAAGUACAUGGACGUGAUCGAAAGGAACUCCGGUGCCUCGGACAAGGUGGCUCGUUGGUGCGUCUGGAGCCAAAAUGCCCUGGACAAGUGCCACGCUCUCUGCAAAGCCUCCUUCUCCAGGGACGUCAGACCGAAACUCGAGUGUAUCCUCGAAAAAGGCGAAGACGAUUGCUUGGAAGCCAUCAAGGAUGGCAGCGCCGACUUGGUCGUUCUCGAGGGAGGCUCCGUUGUUCGGGCGAGCAAGGAGUACAACGCUAAACCGAUCAUCGCGGAAUCCUACGGACCAGGCUCGACGGACUUGGGCGAGAGGCCGGCGGUGGCUGUCGUGAAGAAAGCCGCUUCCAUCGAUAAACUGGAGCAACUCAGGGGGAAGAAAUCUUGUCACAGCGGAUACAAAGGAGAUUUCGCCGGAUGGACAGCACCGGUAUACGUGUUGAAAGAGAAAGGUCUGAUAAAGUCCGAAGAGGAUCUGGCCGAUUUCUUCGGGGGAUCCUGCGCUCCCGGUGCACCGCUCGAUUCGAAGCUGUGCCAGCAAUGCGUCGGAAGCCUCGCUUCGAACGACGAUCGAAUUCGAAGCGCGACCAAGUGUAAGCCGGACGAAGCCGAAGCGUACAGCGGCGGAGAAGGAGCUCUCGCUUGCCUGUUGGCUGGCCAAGGAGAGGUCGCAUUCUUGCCGCUGCCCGCGUUAUCCGGCCCGUUGGACCAAGCCAAGAAGAAGGAGCUCUCGUUACUCUGUCCAGACGGCACUCUUGCCGACUUGGACCAGUGGCGGCGAUGUAACCUGGGUAUGGAACCGCCGAGAGUUGUCGUAAGCUCGGCUGGUAAAUCCGUGAACGCCUUGGAGGAACUGACUCAUGGUACUCUGGCCGCCAGUACUCUGUACGCCAAACGGCCCGAUCUCCUACACCUGUUUGGCACUUGGGCCGGUCGAAGCAACGUCUUGUUCAGGGACGACGCGAAGGGUCUGACGUCGGUGAAUGACACGUGGGACCAAUGGAACAACUGGCAGCAGACGCAACGCGCAUACGGUACCGCUUGAAGCGUCGUAGCAGCAGACGUACAUAUGUAGAUGAUAUAUUAUACAUACAUAUAGACGAUAUACAUAGCCUCGACGCUUUUAUUCAAAAUAUGCUUGCUUUCAACCUCGCUAC